GUUUCAUGUAAUGAGUCAAGGUGUACUGCAAACGGAAUUCAUUUCUGAAGAAAAAUUCCCUGUCUUACACAAAUGGAUGGCGAAGCUCUGUGAGAUAGAUGCGAUCAAGGAAUGUCUGCCGCCGAGAGACAAUGCUAAGGCCUAGUUCAUAGAUAGACAAGAAGUUGCAGUAUCCAAAAAUGGCGGAAGAAGUGAAACUAAUGGGCAUGUGGGCUAGCCCUUUUAGUCGAAGGGUAGAAAUGGCCUUGAGAUUGAAGGGGAUACAGUAUGAAUACACAGAGGAAGACCUCCGCAACAAGGGUGAAUUGCUGCUUAAGUAUAAUCCAGUUCAUAAGAAGAUUCCUGUUCUUGUUCACAAUGGAAAAACAGUUGCAGAAUCACUUGUCAUUCUUGAAUACAUCGACGAAACCUGGCAAGACAAUCCCAACAUGCCUAAAGAUCCUUACAACAGAGCAAUGACUCGUUUCUGGGUUAAUUUUGUUGAAGAGAAGAUUCUGCAAGCUGCUUACAAGACUAGAACAGCUGAAGGUGAGGAGCGGGAGCAACUGAUUCAAGGAGUUCAUCAAGACUUGAAGUUGCUAGAGAAUGAGCUAAAAGGAAAGGAAUUCUUUGGAGGUGAGAAAAUUGGAUAUGUGGAUAUUGUAGCAUUUUCUGUUUUGUACUGGUAUCAAGUAAUGUGUCAGGAUGCUCUGGAAAUGGAGUUCAUCACAGAAGAAAAAUUCCCAGUCUUGCACAAAUGGAUAGCAAAGCUCAGCGAAAUAGAUGGCAUCAAGGAAAGCAUUCCGCUGAAAAACAAGCAUGUUGCACAUCUGAAAGCUGGCUUUGCAGCUAUGAAAUCUGCUUCCAAAUAAAAACAUUCUGUCUCAUUGUCUGAUUCUAUGUAAAGCUAAUGUAUCUUUGAUUUGGUGGUGCAUUUCUUGCUACGUCAUCUUGAAUAAUUAAUAAUGGCUUGUCGUGUUGGGCAAUAUAUUUCAUUGUGUGGGUUUCUUUUAAUUGCAAAAGAAAUAAUUAAAUCUUUAGAGUA